GCCUAAAUUUUAUUUUUCUCAUUGGUUGAAAAAAAGGCGCCAAUGAGAAAAAUAAAAUUUAGGCAAAAACCACGUAGAUUAUGUCGACGCGAGAAAAGAUGUCAAAGUAUAAUUAUAAGGACCCCCCGGCGGAUUCACCGAAAAAUUUUGCACCUAGCGCCCAAUUUUUAUCUAAUGUGGUGCUGCGCGGCAAAAGUACCUAAUUUUCUAAUGUAUAUCUUUAAUCAAUAAGUAGUUGAUUUCAUCAAUAUUUCAUUCUUGUCUGCGGAUUUAUUUUAAGAUUAGCUUAUGAAGAAUUAAUAGGUGGUGUGUUAACGUUAAAAACGGAUCAUUUUCUUAUGGUAAACGGUUAUUCUAAUUUAUAUUGGGGAUGGGGAGCAGAAGAUGAUGAUAUGUAUUACCGAUUGAAAGCAGUAUCACUAAAAAUAACUCGUCCUCCGUCAUUCAUCGGACGUUAUAGAAUGUUACAACAUACAAAACGUGAACCAACUGCAUGGAAUAAGCGUAAAAAAUUAUUACAUUCAGCCGCUAAACGUUACUUGUGGGACGGUGUGUCAUCAGUAAAGUAUAAUGUAACAAAUGUAACCGCUUAUCCGCUAUUUACUCAUAUACUAGUCGAUGUAGGAUCACCGCCGCCCGACUCCAGUUAA